UACUGCACACGGACUUGCUACCACAACACAGUUUGCCCGGAGUCACAACAUUUAUUCACUUCACUGCAAGUCACAGGACUGACUCACUACGCCUGAAGUCACAGUGUUGUCUCCUGUGGGCAGGACCACAGUCUCCUGGAGGCUCAGCUCUUGUUCUCAUUUAUUUUACUGGGAGACUCAUUUCUGACCAUUCUAAAGCGGUUUGAACAAUCAGUACUUUCCAAUGCUGGAUACAUAAUUGUAAAGAAAACUCAUAUAUAAGAAGAGCCUGCAAACAUGAAGUACAAGAACCUCAUGGCAAGAGCCUUGUACGAUAAUGUUCCAGAAUGUGCAGAAGAAUUGUCCUUUAGAAAAGGGGACAUAUUGACAGUGAUUGAACAGAACACCGGUGGUCUUGAGGGAUGGUGGCUUUGUUCUUUACACGGCCGGCAAGGGAUUGCACCAGGCAAUCGGCUAAAGCUUCUUAUUGGCCCAGUGCCAGACAGUUCUAAACUUGAAAUGACAAAAACAGAGUCACAUACUCAAUCUUGUUACCCACAUCAAAUAUACCAGGUCCCUCAGUCAUCUUAUCAGGACUCUAUCUAUCAAGUCCCACCAUCCCAACACAAUUCAGUAGCCUUUAAGACAUCCAGGAUACACAAUGCAGAAGAUUUCAAGCAAGGAACAGCAUUUCUGGAUAGUAUUGAUGGCUCUCCUGUUAGCAGAGUCAUAACUCCAACCAGAAUGGGACAAGGAUAUAAUUACGAAUCUGCUUCCAGGUGGCAGACAAACGUCUAUGAUAUUCCUCCUACUCGACCACAAGAGGUAUAUGAUGUUCCACCUGCUGCAAAAAGUGUUAUGUAUUUUAGCCCAGUUCAGGAUAAAAGGGAAAAUGGAAUAUAUGAUGUUCCUUCAGCACAACCGGUCUACAAUACCUUGCCAUCUACAAAGGAAAAGAUGUAUGAUUUUCCUUCUUCAUUAAAGCAGAAAUCUGAAGGGGUUUAUGACACUUUACCUCCAAGUUCAAAAGUUGCUUGCCAGGAACUUUGCAUGAAAAUCAAUGGAGUUAGCCCAGUACAAAUUGAUGUUGGCAUAAGAAAGCAUAGUCUAUAUGACUUUCCUCGAAACCAUCAACCUAGUUUGCAGACAGAUGAUUACGACUUUCCCAGGGGUGUUCAUUUGCCUGCUGAAGGUGAAGGUUUUUUAUCCGAUGACAAAGAAGGGGUGUAUGACUACCCUCCACAGAUACAGCAGGACACUAAAGCUUUACAAGAUGUCACUGAUGGUGUGAAUAGGUUGUCUUUCUCCAGUACAGGAAGCACAAGAAGCAACAUGUCAACAUCAUCCACAACAUCUAAAGAGUCUUCUGCAACAUCUUCACCAUCUCAAGACAAAAAAAUGCAGCUUCUUCUUGAUCCAGACACAGCCAUCGAAAAACUGUUAAAACUGCAACAGAUAGUUGAGUUAUCUGUCUCCAAAUUAAUAGCCUUUGUCAACACAGAAUGGCGUUCUUAUGUAUACAUGGAGAGACAUGUAAAUGAAAUCCAUGCUGCAUUGGACAAAGUUGAGCAGUCUCUAACCGAAUACCUCCACUUUGCCAAAGGAGCUACAAAUAAUGCAUCUUGUAUUAAGGAAUCUGGUCUCCAGAACAAAAUGAGAAGAGAGCUGAGAAGACUUGAAGACUCAUAUCAGAUUCUCACUCAGAGUAGCCAGGAACUGAGCAAUUGCAAUUGGUCAGUGAAUGUCCUUGCUUUCAAUAAAACAAACAAGUGUGACAGCCUUGAGAGGUCUGUCAUGGUGGCCAGGACAAUCAUAGAUGAUGCUAAGCAGUUAACCACCACCAUUAGUGUUAAUGCAGAGAUUUUGUUCAAACAAGUGACUGUUGAUACCCAUAAAAAUAAAUCUUCAGAUGCCAUUAACGGUACUACUGAGUAUCCCUUCAAUGGAUCCAAUCUCCAUAAUUUACAGGAAAAUAAUGUUCAAAACCAUACAAAGCCAUUACCCCAUAUUAUUAAAGAGCAUAAUGGCAAAAGUUGUGAUGGUUCAGUGAAAAGUUGGAUGGAUGACUAUGACUAUGUUCAUUUACAGGGAAAAGAAGAAUUUGAGCGUCACCAGAAAGAGCUUCUAGAAAAGGAAAACAUCAUCAAACAAGGCAAACCACAACUGGAACAACACCAGCUGAGUCAGUUCCAGCAGCUGGAGAGAGAGAUUACAGCACCAGUGGAAAAUGAUAUCUCUAAGUGGAAGUCACCUCAUAGCAUUCCUGCUGAAAACAGUUCUCUGGCUCCGCAAGAUAAACGGUUGAUUUCCUUUUACUCUGAACAGUGUGAGAAUUUGUUCAUUUCCCUUCUGAAUGCGAUUGAUGCCUUUUUCAGCUGCAUGAGCACUGCUCAGCCUCCGAGGAUUUUUGUUGCUCACAGCAAGUUUGUUAUCUUGAGCGCCCACAAACUGGUGUUUAUUGGGGACACCUUGUCAAGACAAGUUGUAACAAAGGAAAUUUCUAACAGGCUAAUGAACUCUAGCAACCAGCUUUGUGAACUACUUAAAAACAUUGUCACUUCUACAAAAAUGGCAGCUUUGAACUAUCCUAGCUCUGCAUCAUUGCAGCAAAUGGUCGACCAUGUAACAGAACUGUCUAACCAAGCACAACUGUUUAAACUCUCUUUAACACAGAUGGCAUCCUUGUGAGAAAAUGAAAUCACAAUUUUAAUUUGUAUAUUUUGUCAAUAAGAAAGAUUAUGAACUUAUUAUUUUAUAUGUAAAUACAAUGUUAUAUUUUUUUAGAUUUUUUUAUGGAUUGCUUAAAAUACAUUCUGUUGAGACAGAGCUUUAUUUAAAAAUAUAUAUAUAUAUUAUGAACUCUUCAGAUUUAUACAAAACGUGGUAUGUACUUUAUGUGAUUUGAAACAUUCCCCAUGUAGAUCCAAAAAAGUGAGCACCUUAGGUUGUGUGUAUUAAGAGCGAAAUUUAGUCCUUAUAAAGUUUGUAGUCUUACAUUAGCCACAGGGAAUAAACUGUAAAGUGCACCAAAAGCAGUCAUGUUAUAAAUACGUGCACAUGAUGCUAUGUUAGUUUUGUGUGCAAUCUGUACAAAAUGGAUUUAUAUUUUAAAUUAAAAUGAAGACCUGUUUGAUGCUAAAUGAACACAUUUGUGUGAAAAUGA